GUUCCGAUUUGCCGGUGGUCGUCGGGUUGAGCCCCGCCGGGAGGGUGUCACACCCUCCUCCCCAUCGCGCUUCUCUGCUUGUGGAUUGUUGCGCCGCUGCGCCACACCGCGGCCCACCGAGGAAACAGCGCGCUCUUUCGUCGACCGCUGAGGCGCCUGCUCGCCCGCUGCUGUCGCUGCUCGCCGCCAUUGCUCGCAGCGUCGCUGCCUUGUAUUGUGUUUUGCGAGACUCCACACCUGGGUCGCGUUGUGCCGUGCUCGCUAGAAAGCCGGAUACCUUGGAUCGUGCGGGAUUUUGACUCCAUGGCGGGCGCCUGAAGAGCCCGGUGCGUCUUCCGCGCCGGCGUGGACAACAGCCAGCUGAAGGCGGCGCCCCCCGACGGCCGUCUUUGGCGGCUGCAUCGAUCCGCAAUGUUCCCCAAUAGGCAUCCGGGACCUCCGGCGCAGGCGGGCCAGCCAUUCAAGUUUACCGUAUCCGAGACGUGCGACCGCAUCAAAGAGGAGUUCAACUUUCUCCAGGCGCAGUACCACAGCCUCAAGCUCGAGUGCGAGAAGUUGGCCAGCGAGAAGACCGAGAUGCAGAGGCACUACGUCAUGUACUACGAGAUGUCGUACGGUCUGAAUGUCGAGAUGCACAAGCAGACUGAGGUGGCGAAGCGGUUGAACGCCAUCAUCGCCCAGAUCCUGCCAUUCCUUUCUCAAGAGCAUCAACAGCAAGUGGCGACAGCCGUGGAACGAGCCAAGCAAGUCACCAUGACUGAACUCAACGCCAUUAUCGGGCAGCAGCACACCGGCCUGGCGCACCUCAUGCAACAGAUGCAGGCUCAGCAGCUCGCGCAUGGGGGCCCUGGUGCCAUGGGUCCGCUGAUGCCACAUGCAUUGGCCCUAGGGCCGCCCAACAGUGCGGCCAGCCUGCUCGCUCUCUCCUCGGGCCUGGCGCCCGUGGCCGCACUCAAGGAGCACGACAAGCGGGCUGCUGCAGCAGCUGCUGCUGCGCAAGCCGCUGCUGACGAUAGGAGAAAUUCACCUUCUCCACGUGAUGCAAAGUUGAGAACAAGGACACCCGACACAGAAUCUGACAAGAAGCGACGGAAAGAAGACAAGCACGAUGUCAUUGUUCAUGACAACGAUGAUGAAAACCAGGAGGUUGACGUUGCAAAUGAGGACCCUGUGUCUCCUGCUAACAAUGGAAGCUUGUCACCACGAGAGAAUGGCAGUGAGCGCCCCAUCAAGCGGGAGAGGCCACCUAGUCGCUCAGGCUCAUCAUCCAGCCGUAGUACCCCUGUCUCCUCAAAGUCCACAAAGGAUGGCUUGGGUGAUAAAUCUCCCACCCCGGUGUCAAAAUCAUUAACCCCCACGAGUUCGGGCUCUACGACUCCUGGCUCUAGUGGUACAGCAAAGCCAUCCCUGCCCGGUUCCUCUUCCAAAUCAGCUGCCCUUGGUCCCUACCCGUACCCUUUGGCUGGAGCACCACAUGCACUGGCUGCAGCUGAUCUGGCAGCUGCUAACCCUGCAGCCUUUCCUCAGCUGCACAGCUCAGCGCUCAGUUCCUACUCGCGAUCUCUGUUGUCCUUAUCGCAGGUUGCAGGCUUUGAUGCGCAUCCCUCGUUGCGGCCACCACCUCAUUUUGGCACCAUUCCUGGAGGAAAACCGGCCUAUUCAUUCCAUGUGAGUGCAGAAGGCCAGAUGCAGCCAGUGCCGUUCCCACCAGACGCACUUAUGGGUGCCGGCAUUCCACGGCAUGCACGACAGAUCAAUACGCUGUCUCAUGGUGAAGUGGUGUGUGCAGUGACCAUAUCGAGCCCCACCAAGUAUGUCUACACUGGGGGAAAAGGAUGUGUUAAGGUCUGGGACAUCAGUCAGCCAGGAUCCAAGAGCCCUGUUUCACAGCUUGACUGCCUGCAAAGGGACAAUUACAUCCGAUCCUGCAAGCUCCUUCCUGAUGGGAGAACACUUAUCGUGGGCGGAGAAGCUAGUACCAUUUGCAUCUGGGAUCUGGGUGCGCCAACUCCGCGCAUCAAGGCCGAGCUGACUUCUAGUGCACCAGCUUGCUAUGCCCUGGCCAUCAGCCCCGACUCGAAGGUUUGCUUCAGUUGCUGCUCAGAUGGAAACAUUGCUGUCUGGGACCUGCACAACCAGACGCUUGUCAGGCAGUUCCAGGGGCAUACUGACGGUGCAAGUUGCAUCGACAUCUCAAGUGAUGGCACUAAGCUGUGGACUGGUGGUCUAGACAACACUGUGCGCUCUUGGGACCUUCGUGAGGGUCGGCAGCUGCAGCAGCACGACUUUACAUCGCAGAUCUUCUCAUUGGGCUAUUGUCCCACAGGGGAGUGGCUGGCUGUCGGCAUGGAGAGCAGCAACGUGGAAGUUCUGCACUGCAGCAAGCCAGACAAGUACCAGUUACACCUGCAUGAAAGCUGUGUCCUGUCACUUAAGUUUGCAUCGUGUGGCAAGUGGUUUGUCUCCACGGGCAAGGAUAACCUGCUCAAUGCCUGGAGGACACCCUACGGUGCAUCCAUAUUCCAGUCCAAGGAGUCCUCGUCAGUUCUGAGCUGUGACAUUUCUUCUGAUGACAAGUACAUCGUCACUGGCUCGGGAGACAAGAAGGCCACCGUGUAUGAAGUGAUCUACUGAGCACCCACUAUGCCCCAUUGUUCCUAAUAUGUUGGCCAGCACAGUGUUGAGGCUGAGCACACUGUACAAAGCAGAGAUAUCUUGUCUGCCCCCUUCUUUGUUUUUGACAGAGAACUGUUCGUGGCAUGGCUGCUAGUGCCACCAGCACCGAACCAAGAAGCCUAUCCUGAAACACGGCUUUAAUGACAGCACAGUCAACAUUCAUGGGACAAUGUAUAUGUGCUGCAAAUCCUGCAUGUCGUGGAUAUUGUGAUCAUGACAAGUUCAUUGUUCCUAUUGCAUCAGUAAUGGCAUCGUGGUGUUGAGCAUAUAAUGCUAAAAUACAUUGUUGAUGGCCAUGCAGAAGAACUGACUGUGAAGAAACAAAUUCUUGCAAUUGAAACUCUUGGCCUUCCCCUGUAUGUAUUGCAGUAGGUGCUGGGGUGUCUUUGGGAGUUGCAGAAUAUGCAGGAAUAGGUAGGCAGUAUUUGUUACUUCCCUGCCACAAUGUACUGUCCUGUGAGAGUGUUCCCACAUGGCAGCCAUGUUUAGGACUUUGACAACUGCCUUUCCUGCCAUACACUCCCAGCUUCAAUGCUGCUGCAAUGUUCAGUACAUGCCUCUUAAUUUGGACGCAACAAAAGCUUGGUCUGUGGGCAUUACUUUCAGUUAGUUUUUUUUUUUUUUUCAUGAAAACUUGUACUGAUUUGUUAAGUGACUGCAUUUCGCUUGUGGAUAAACACUGUUCAAGCAGCCUGUGCAAUUGCAAAUGGUCUUCUGCUUUCACUUGAAAGAACAUGUUGGUGUGCCAGCUUGGCACAAUUGGUAAGAAACUUUUCUCGCUGGAAAGAUAAUGAUAUGUAAAGAGCGAAGGUGCAAUGCUGAUUGAAAUUGACCACUUUUGGUACCUUGUCUACCUCCUUGAACUGGUUGCCAUAAAGAAUGGAAAAAUAAACUGUUUUUUCACGAAUAUGCCUCUGGCUGACGCAUAUCACAACUCAUCUGAAAAGUGUGUGCACAAACACACAUGCACGCACAAUAAAGGCUGUUUUGAACCCAUUCAUUAUACCGAUGUCCCAGCCUGACUGCGUAAUAAUAAAUGAAAUUAUUAACAAUUGUACAAGAAAAGACUUAUUGCUACAUUUUUGUUUUGCUGUUCAACUCAUCAGACCAUGAGGUGUGUUUCUUUUAUUUGUAUGCUUUCGAUUUGUGACGUGGCACCAGCUUUAACUAGCAGGGGUAGAGCUGUUUAGUGUGAAAUAGUGUUCUUCUUUCAUUUUUUCUAAUGUCAUGCAUUUGGAGCUAUGCCAUCACUUCAUGAAUUGAAUGCAUGUGUCCAUGUUGGUGUGAAUGCUCAUUCACGGCUUGGAGUAUGUACAUUGUGCUCUUGGCCACCUUCUGCACUGUAAAUAAAGAUGUUACAGCAUUUCAAGUGUGAACUUGGCAAGCUGAUGGUGUUCUUGUUGAAACAGGUUUGGCAAAAGACUGAUGGCGUUCUGUAUUCUUGUUGGAGCUACUCGCAACAGGUUAUGAACGUGGUCUGUAUGUGAGUGCUUUGAUAGACACGCACCUUUUUGAUGUCACCUUGGAUAAAAGAAUGAGUGCCAGUGUUUCGCCAUUGGGUGAUGUGCAACACUUUUGCCCUGCGUUGAAAUAUGAGAGAUUUUUGUGGAUAGUGUCAUCGGGACACCAUGUGAAUAACUUUCUAACGUUUUGAAAAAUCUAAACUAUGCUGCCUCAGCAUAAUGAGGUGCAAUGGAACUAAAUUGACAUCGUGAACCUUGUGCAGAUUCAAUACAUGUUUGACCCCAUUGAUCUUUCAAAAUUACAUUUGUUUAUGACUUAAGCUGAUGACUAUGUUGUCAUUGCUGAAUGCCUUGGAAUAUUUGAAACAGGCAUUUGCUUUAGUGGCAGUGGUACACUCUCCGGCUUAUCUGGCACUCGUUAUCAAAAGACAUUACUUGUUGAAUUAGUUGUUCUGUAAAGAUAAGGAAAACCUGAUGCUGUUGCUUACAGAAAUAAAGCGUUGACUGCACUGUUUGCAAUUAUAGCCAGCCACUCAUUUUCUUCUUGAAACAAUGGUGCUCACUAUUAUGCAUCUAGUCUUUUGAGUUUGUGGCUCUGUGCGUCCUGCACGUUAUACUGCAAUUUGCGAGUGUAGCAACAAACUUAGAAUUAAUCGAAAAUGUAUGGACAUCCAUACUAGCACAUGUUUUAUAAAUAUUGUUUUGUCCCUGCAUUUGAAGUCAACUGGGAGGAAAAUUCAAUUUUAUUUCUUUUCAUAUAUCUUACCUCUAAUCACAUUGUGUUUCUUUCUGGUCGUUAGAUAUCUGAUGUAUCAUCUCUGUGAUCUCCGUCAUUUAUGUCUACGGUGGCUAAAAGCAUGUGCCAGCAGGGCCAAAGCUUAAUAAAUACAUUUUGUUAUUCUACAAUUUCUGUAUAAUUUGCUGAUAUAACUUAAGUUCUACAAUAGGUAAUUGCAACUCAAUUUCUAAAGCUUGUUGCUGACUGGUAAAAUGUCUGCAGCAAUUGUCCACACUAAGAGUAGAAAGUAUGCAUAUCGGUAAGGGUGUUUCGAAAUAGGUGGUGGAUAAAAAUGCACACUGAAUACACAUUCUUUCAUUGGGACAAUUCGUGACUAUUAUCAGAUAUGGUCUUGAGAACAUGCACAGAUGUGCACUAAAGAUUGUGCUGUAAAUAGAUUUUCUUUCUUUGAAACUUGAUACAUAUGAGAAAGGAUGCACGUUUCUGCCUCCUGUAUUUUGAUUUUACUGUUUGGAUUCUGAUGUCACUUAGUUGCUGUAAAUAUGAUAUUUGAUUUCAUAAAAUGUGUUUGCACAAAAGA